AAGUGCUGACUCCAAGUGUCAGUUAGGUGGUUCAAGUUGUGGAAUGGCAAGCUUUGGAACCAAAAUCCAAAUGGCUAGAAUUGUCAAUAGAAUCAUCCAUAAAAGUCAGGUGGUGAUGGAUUGAUCAUAGCCUUCUGAUACUAACAAUAACAUCAUUGGAUGUAAACUUUGUCAAAGAGACAUUAAGAACCCUACAAACUUUAAAUGCUUGUCUACAGCCACCAUUAUUUAACGAUUAUUCAAACAGAUAAAUAUCAUGCUGUGUCCCAAAGGAUGAACUAAUACAAAUAUCAGAAAUAUAAGCACUACACUUAUGUCCAAUUUGGUCUAAAGACUAAUCAAAAGGCUUAGACCUCAGGGCAUCAUAUCAAUGAAAGCCAGUUUCUUCCUACUUUUCCUGCUGGCUUUCUGCUCUUCUAUACACAAGACUUUACCUACUACAAAAACAGACUUAAUCUCUACAAAUCAAUUGAUUAAAGAUGGUGAAACUAUUGUUUCAUCCCGUGGAACUUUUGAGCUGGGAUUUUUCAGCCCCAGCGGUUCCUCAAAUAGAUAUAUUGGGAUAUGGUACAAGCAAAUUCUUCCUUAUGUGCAAACAGUUGUAUGGGUUGCCAAUAGAGAAAAACCACUCACAAAUACAUCUUCUGCUGUUUUGAAGGUCAGCAAGCCAGGAACACUUGCUCUACUCAAUGACAAGAAUGAAACUAUAUGGUCCACUAACACUUCAAGAUCAGUCCAAAAUCCAGUUGCAAUGCUUUUAGAUACUGGUAAUCUUGUUGUAAAAGAUGCAAAGGAUGACUACCCAGAAGAUUUCCUCUGGCAGAGCUUCCAUUUUCCAACUGAUACGCACAUGCCAGGUAUGAAGCUUGGCAAGAAUUUUAAAACUCGACAUGAGGUUUACCUUUCAGCAUGGAAGAACAAUAAUGAUCCAGCUCCAGGCGAAUUCACUCGUAACAUUGAUCCUACUGGAUAUCCACAGGCCCUCACCAAACGUGGCACAAGUGUAUCGGCUCGUAUAGGACCAUGGAAUGGUUUACGAUUUAGUGGGUCACCUAUACCACUACUAGAAUGCUGCCAUUUUCACUUUAUUUUCAACAAAGAGGAGGUUUACUAUAGCUUUUCACUCAUUAACAGCUCGGUUUUAACAAGACUAGUCCUGACGAGCAACGGUGAUAUACAACGUUUGACGUGGGUGGAUCGGACAAAGAGAUGGAAUAUUUACUACAAUUUACCUGCAGAUAACUGUGAUACAUAUAGCUUAUGUGGUGCCUAUGGGAGCUGUGAUAUAGAUAAUACACCUACUUGUGGAUGUUUGGAGAAGUUUAUAGCUAAACAUACACAACAAUGGGAAAAGGGAGAUUGGUCAGAAGGGUGUGUUCGGAGGACACCUUUAGAUUGCAACAAGGAACAUGUAUUUCGAAAAUAUUCUAGAAUCAAGUUGCCGGAUACUAAGCACUCUCAGUACGAUAAAACCAUGACACUUGAAGGUUGCAGGCAAGUAUGCUCAAGGAACUGCUCCUGCACAGCUUAUUCAAGUCUCGAUGUAAGCAAUGGAGACAAAGGUUGCUUAUUUUGGUUUGGGGAAUUGAUUGACAUCAGAAAGCUGCCUGAAAGAGGACAAGACAUUUACAUCAGGAUGGAUUCUUCAGAGCAAGAAUCUGAGGCAGGUUCAAAAAUAAAGAAGGAAAAGAUACUCGCAGUGAGUUUCUCAUUGUUAAUGGCAAUGAUUCUGCUAAGCCUGAUUAUGUUGUUGUACAAACGGAAAAGGAAGAAACUGAAACUCAAAGAAGAUUCUGAGCUGCCAGUGUUCCAAUUGUCGACAAUAACAAGAGCCACAAAUAACUUUUCAGAGAGCAACAAGAUCGGAGAGGGUGGAUUUGGACCAGUUUACAAGGGAGUGCUGGAAGAGGGACAAGAAAUUGCCGUAAAGAGACUGUCAAGGACUUCCAUGCAAGGACUUGAUGAAUACAAGAAUGAAGUUAUCUAUAUUGCCAAGCUUCAGCACCGAAAUCUUGUGAGACUUCUGGGUUGCUGCAUCCAAGGGGAAGAAAAGAUGUUGAUCUAUGAAUACAUGCCUAACAAAAGCCUGAAUUCAUACAUAUUUGAUAAAACAAAGAGCAGAUUACUUGAUUGGCCAAAGCGUUUCGACAUCAUAAAUGGAAUUGCUCGUGGCUUAUUAUAUCUUCAUCAAGAUUCUCGACUACGAAUUAUCCAUAGAGACCUUAAAGCAAGCAACAUUUUGCUAGAUACAGAUAUGAAUCCUAAGAUAUCAGAUUUUGGCUUAGCCAGAAGUGUUGCAGGAAAUGAGAUGGGAGCAAAAACACGCAAAGUGGUUGGGACACAUGGCUACAUGUCCCCAGAAUAUGCAAUAGAUGGGAUCUUCUCGGUAAAAUCAGAUGUGUUUAGCUUUGGUGUCUUGGUGUUAGAGAUUGUGAGUUGCAAGAGAAAUAGAGGAUUUUUCCAUCAAGAUCACAACCUCAACCUUCUCGGUCAUGCAUGGAAGCUUUACAAAGAAGACAGGUCCUUGGAACUAAUUGAUGAGCACCUUGCUGAUUCUUGCGAUAUUUCUCAAGUUUUAAGGUCAAUCCAAGUGGGUUUAUUAUGUGUGCAACAACAUCCAGAUGAUAGACCAAGCAUGUCUUCUGUAGUUCUGAUGUUGGCUAAUGAGAGUCUACUUCCGAAGGCUAAAGAACCAGGUUUUUUCACAGAAAGAAACAUAUUUGCUGAAGCAAAAUCAGGAUCGCAGGUUAGUUCAAAAAAUGAAGUCACAAUCACAUUGUUAGAUCCUCGGUAGAGUGUGACAAGAUAAGUCACAACCAACAAGGCAUGGGAGUUUAUAAAGUAGAUAGGUCCUUGGAACUAAUUGAUAAGCAGCCAGCUGAUUCUUGCCAUAUUUCUCAAGCUUUGAGGUCAAUCCAAGUGGGUUUAUUAUGAGUGCAAAGGGACCUGAAGAUACACCAAACAUUUUGUUCUGUGGUUCAGAUGUUGGGUAAUGAAAAUCUACUGCCAGAAGGUAAAGAAUCAGGGGUUUUUACCGAAGAAAGGUACAUGAUGCAGAAAACUCGGAACCACAGACAGGAAGUUCAAAAAAUGUAGUCACAAUCACAUUGUUAGAUCCUCGGUAGAGUGCGAACAAGAUAACUUUUUUGACUUGUGUGCACAUGAACAUUAGUUUUACAAAUAACUUAGAACUUUGAUUCUUGAAUAAUACAACAAUAUCUUAAUUAAACAGCAAUUUGGAUUUUUCUACCCAAAGAUGUUAUCUGCUUAAGAAUGAAAUCUUCUUCUA